AUGAGAAUUCUUUUUCUCUUUGUUUUCGCCGUAAAUGGAAACGAUCAGAGUAAAGCUAAAGAGCCGCUGCACGACGAGAAUGAUCCAACUAAGGACAUGACCGAGGAGCAAAAGUUCGCCCACGAGUUGUUGAGUCUCUUCAAUUUCCCAAUGUACACCGUCAUUGUUCCAGCUGGCAAGACUGAGUGCUACUAUCACGCGACAAACGAAACCUUCCACUUUGAAUAUACUGUCGAAGGAGGAGGAUCACUUGACAUAAGAUUUGAGGCAUUUGACCACAAAGAAGAGAGCUUGGUGAAAAUUGACAAGAACACGACUGGAUACCAUUUGUUCAAGAUGACGGAAAUGGCGCCGACUAAGUUCUGUUUUGAUAACAGUUUCAGUAUUAUGACUGACAAGAAGGUUCACUUUGAACUUUUCCCAGAAAUCGACAUGGACGAGUGGGACAUGUACAUGAAAGAGUACACAAGCUUCAGGAAAGAAAUUGAAGAAGAUAAAGCCAACGGCGAUAUUGACAGUCUCUACCAUACAGGCCAUCCGGAAUGGGAUAAUAUUCAUGUUCAAUCGAAUGACAUGAGAAAGAAGCUUCGAAAAUGUCUAAGAAUUCUCGACCAUAUGCGCUCUUUCUCCCAUAUCGACGAAGCACUGAUGGAAAAUAAAGAAAAACGUCUAAACUUCUGGUCUUUCCUGCUUUCCGCUCUGAUUCCUGCUGUUUCAAUCGGACAAGUUGUUUUCGUCCGAAUGCUUUUCAACCCGAAGACGAAGAUUUCUAGCUUCUGA